UCGCGACCUGUCUGAGCACUAACUUAACGUCCCCUCACAUGUGGCCCCGUCAGUCACAACGGGACAGGCAGCAGUGUGUGUGAGUGUGUGAGUGAGUGUGUGUGUGUGACGGACCGUCUGCAAGACUCUCAGUAUCUCGCCUCUCGUCACAUCAGCGAGGAAGAGCGUCGAACAAAGUGUACGGCGCGGCUCGACAUGCCACCUCACAUGGAUUACUUCUCCCACGAGUCCCGAGUCCCUUCCGCUUGCGGGCUGACCCGGGAGGACGAGCUGGAGCCCGGCGUCAUCAGCUGCAUGCUGGUCGGAGACGGAGCGGUCGGGAAGACCAGCAUGAUUGUCAGCUACACCUCCAACGGGUACCCCACCGAAUACCAGCAGACCGGCUUCGACGUCUUCUCCGGCCAGGUCCAAGUGGAAGGAGCUCCGCUUAAAGUUCAGCUUCUGGACACUGCUGGACAGGAGGAGUUUGAUGAAUUCAGAGCUCUGUCCUACGCCCACACGGACGUCUUCCUCCUGUGCUUCAGCAUGGUCAACCCCACCUCGUUCCACAACAUCACCAAGAAGUGGGUCUCCGAGAUCCGGGCGUACAACCCGUCCUCGCCCAUCGUCCUGGUCGGGACCCAGUCGGACCUCUUGUUGGACGUGAACGUCCUCAUCAACCUGGACCGGUCCCACGUCAAGCCCAUUCCGAGCUCCCGGGCUCGGAGCAUGGCGGAGAAGAUCCGCGCUGCGGACUACGUGGAGUGUUCGUCGCUCACGCAAAAGAACCUGAAGGAGGCGUUUGACGCGGCCAUCUUUGCAGCCAUUAAGAACAAAACCCGCAAGUCCAAGAAGAGGAGGUUUUCGGACCGACGCACCAAAGCUUUCUCCCGGUGCAGCUGGAAGAAGUUCUUCUGCUUCGUCUGAAACUUCCCGAAAAAAACAAGACUGCUAACCCUGUGGGUCGUGGACAGAAGUUUAAUUUAUUUAUCUCCCUUUUACCUUCGCUUGCUGUCACAGCUCUGAUUCAUGGCAGUUUAGCAUCCUUCCUUGUUAAGUGUGUGUGUUGGCUUAUGUCACGUUGGGAUGCCAAAUGGUGCAACAAGGGGGGGAAACAAUACAUGAGCACGGGGUAGAAUUGGGAAGUAACAUCUGUGGAGAACAGCUGAGAGGAGUCUGGGUUUCACACUCCAGCAGACACACACACACACACACAGGGCAGCAGUGUUGUUCACAUUAUAUUCAAAUGUGGAUUUUGUUCCAGGUAAAUGAGAAAAAAACUAAACAACCACAUGUGUUUCAUGUAAAAAUCAAAGUGUGUGUGUAGGCUUUCAUGCGUACGCAUCGCCGGUGGGAUCAAAAGGAACAUAUCGACGUGCAGCCACGGAGAUCGAGCCCAGACCAUCAUGUAAAUGUGGAGGAAUUUGAAUGCGUUGCUUUGCUGCAAAGAGAGAGAGUGAGAAACAGAAAGUGUCCGUGGUCGAGCCGACGGGGCGUCAGCCACUUCUCUGUUGUGUUCUCUUGCUGUCUGUCUACACCGGCCUAUUUAUAUGCAAGUUCAGACUGCAGUGCGAGGUGCCACCUUCUUACGUGUGUGUGUGUGUGUGUGUUUGUAUCUGUGUGUGUGUGUGUUAGUGAAAGUGCCCCAGGCUGGUUCUGGGCUGCCCGGUGUGUUGUUGUGUUGAGUUAAUCACCUGACAAUCUUAUCACUCCCUGGCAUAUAUGUUAAAUCAGGAUUUUUAUCAACCAUAUUUAACAUCGGCAGAAAAAGAAACACGGGCCGGAUGAUUUGCUGGAUCAAACGUCUUAAAUCCCGCAUCUGAGGUGAAAGGAUCCGUGGGAGUGGUAACCUUUUGUUUAUUUGUUUGUUGCCCCCCGUCUCCCACCAAUCUGCAUCUGUAAAAUCCAGCACCGCCGGGGGUCUUGAUGUCCUGGCCUGGCUUUUUUAAUUCGCCCCUCCUUUUGUUUACAAGCUCAAUACACUCCUUGUGUCCCCAAUAGCCCACUGUGUACAGAGCUAGACAGACUCUACUUUAAUGUGAAAGGUAAUACACUUUCUUUCUUCCUUGUGUCUGUGAUGUGUGUAAGAAGGUAAGAUGUUGCUCUCCAGUGUAAUGAUAUCUGCAGGAUAUAGUUUGUAUAUAAGUACCCAGAGCCAGGGAUAGGCUUUACUAUACUUCUUGUGGAAGCUUAAUGUAUAUGUUAUCCUGUUUUGUUAAAACAGGUCAUUUGUCAUUUAUAUGUGUAUAUUGGAUGAGAUUUUUUUUUAAUGCAUGUACUCCACGUGUGUUUUGUUACAUUUUCCUAUCACUGUCACUAAUCUCCAUUGACCAUCUCCUUCUCGAUUGCACGUGGGAGUGAGACGAUGCAAAUAAAAAGAAGUGCAAAUGAUA